AUGGCCUGGCGCAGCUCCGGCGUCACCAACGCCGAGCUAGUCGAAAACCUCUGGCGCAACAAGCUCAUCACGCAGCCCCUCGCCAAAUCCGCCUUCCUCAAAGUCGAUCGCGCCCACUACGCCCCCUCGCUGCCCUACGAAGAUAGCCCCCAGCCCAUCGGCCACCAAGCCACCAUCUCCGCUCCGCACAUGCACGCCCACGCCGUCGAGACCCUGCUCCCCUUCCUACUGCCGAAAGUUGAGAGCGGUCACCAGUCUACCAAUGGCGUGGCGAGUGUCAUUGGUCAAGCCGGCCGGCCGAGGAGGGUCCUUGAUAUUGGUAGCGGAAGCGGGUACCUGACGCACGUACUCGCGGAACUAGUAGGCGAGACGGGUGUCGUAGUCGGCCUGGAACAUAUCCCCGCGCUGAAAGAUCUCGGCGAGCGCAACAUGGCCAAGUCCCCCGAGGGUAGAGCGCUGCUAGAGUCCGGGCGCGUGCGCUUCCGCGUAGGCGACGGGCGAAAGGGGUGGUCGGAGCCGAGUCCAGGAGAUGCGCAGCCAGGUGUCGGGGGUGCAGCUGCUCCGGACGUAACGAGAGAACAGGAGAAGAAAGACGAGGCGGGCGGCUGGGACGCGAUACACGUGGGUGCUGCGGCGGCGGUGCUGCACGAGGAGCUAGUGAGACAGCUGCGCAGCCCGGGGCGCAUGUUUAUACCUGUCGAGGCGGAGAGUGGCUGGGAGCAGUAUAUCUGGACCGUGGAUAAGGACGAGCACGGGAAUGUUGAGAAGAAGAAGCUGUAUGGGGUUAGGUAUGUGCCGCUUACGGAUGCGCCGAAGUGA